UACCAACCAAGAGCUAUAAACCAUUAGCAUUCAGGUUAACAAAAUUGCUGAGUUGCCCAGAUUCGAUUUUUUUUUUUCUGGCCGCCAAAUCAUGAACCGUUACGAUUGGGUUCUAAGCGUGAUUUUUUUUAGUUUGACUUCCACAGCUGAGCUCUCGCCGCCGUUUGGUUCGACCGGAGGAAAUCGUCGUCGCGUUGUACUCACGCGAUGAGUAGGGAGGUCGAUUGCGAGUGGGUUUUGGAAAGGUCGUUUGAAAGGAAGAAUCAUGGAUGGGAUGGGGCGAAAGGUGAGAAGAUAGGUGGCGCAAUAAGAGCAGGCCUCCACACCCCUGCUUAUUGACUCGUCUCACCACCAAGCUCAUUAAUACGAUAUUGUCCGUUUUGGGCCAAGCCCGCACGUUUUACUUUUGAGUAUCUUCCUCAAAAGGCAUCGUACUAAUGAGCUUGGUGGACACUAAUAUACAAGGGUUCCUUCCCUUGUAUUACCGAUAUGGUACUUGGAUUGUCCCAUAACACUUUAAAUCAUAAAUUUCCAAGAGAAAUAAGUUGUAAUUUUUGUAGUUGUCGCAACUGUGAUUUUGUAUGAUAAAGAAGAGAAGUACAUGUGUGAUCCCGACAUCAAUCAAGGCAGGUAAAUCAGAUGGGCUGGAAAGAUUUUGCAUUUUCCCGCCAGAUAAUAUCAAAUCUCAGCCCCGAGAAGAGAAGGAUCCCUUAAUUUAUUUCCAGUUUUCCACCACCCUUGCUUCUCUUAAUAUUUAAAGCCAACAAAAUCCCAGAAUUUGAACCAAAUCCGUCCAAAUGUCACCAAAUUAAACCGCGGGGGAAAAAGUAAAACGCCGGAAGAAGCCAACCAACGACCUUCCAACAGUCAGUCAGUCAGUCAUUAGAUUUGAUUACCCUCCAAAUUUCACCUAAUCAAUUCAAAAACCCAGAAUAAUUACAAUGUAAUCAAAAAUACAUAACGCGAAAUCUGAUAGGAAGGAUAGAAUCAUAGAAGUGAUAGACUCAAAGCAACAGAAGCAAGAAAACAAGGACAUGGAUAAAAAAAAAAAAAGGAAAGAAGCCAGCCCAACUGUAACAACGCAGGACCCCAACGCCAUUAAAAUUCUGAUUAAGAAGCUUUAUUUUAUCAUUAAAGUUUCUUCCUUUUUCACGAACUUCUCCACCUUCCUCCGUCUUUUUCAGGUACCCACCCAUCUCUCUAACCUCACUUCUUGUUCUCUCCUCUACAAUUUACUCCGUUUUCCCUCUGUUUCUUUUGGUUGUUCGAGUGGGGGUUGAAUUUUUUUUUGUGUGGGUGAAGUUCAGAAAAAUGGAAUUCUAUUGUAUGGAAGACAGAGCCUUGAAAUCAAGCUUGAGGAGGGAAGUUAUGGCUUCUGUGAAGUAUCAUCCUCAACAAAGCCAGCUGCAGCAGGAUCUGGGUUUGGAGGAUUUCCUCUGCUUGAACCCUAGUUCUGCAGAGGAUUUCUCCGUCGACUGUUUCUUGGAUUUCUCCAAUGGCGGGUUUAAGGACGAGGAAGAGAAAGAAGGAGAGGAAGAGGAGGAAGAACAAGACUCUGUUUCCGUUUCUAACUCCUCGUCGGCAAGUUUCUCCAAUUCCCUUCUCCCCGGCGACCUUCCGGUUCAUGCAGAGGAUUUAGCGGAACUGGAGUGGGUUUCCCAAUUCGUCGACGAUUCCUCUUCUUCAUCGGAGGCAGCCGCCUUAUUCGCCGCCGUUUCCGCGGAGAAGCUCUUUGAAUUCAAACCCACGCCGGCGAAGACGCCAGUUUUCACGACUCUCCCGCCUCCGCCUUUCCUCACUUCCCGAGUCCCGGCGAGAACGAGGACCAAACGCGCCAGAACCGCCGGCGCGAGCUGGUUCAACCGGUCGUCGGUGAUUUUUCCCCAUUCUUCCUCACCCACCUCCUCGCCGGCGUCAUCCGCCGCCUCCUCGGUGCCGUGCCUCGCAAACUCGCUCCAAUUCCAGCCCUCAAUUUCCACGCUCUUUCCUACCGACGAGCCGCUAAGGAAGAAACAGAGGAAAAAGCUGCCCGCAACGGCGGCGGGGGAGACGGGUCGGUACCCGGACCCGAACCCGACCCAGCAGCAGCGGCGGUGCAGCCACUGCGGGAUUCAGAAGACGCCGCAGUGGCGGAGCGGGCCGAACGGGGCGAAGACGCUUUGCAACGCUUGUGGGGUCCGGUUCAAAUCCGGCCGGCUGCUCCCGGAGUACAGGCCAGCGGGGAGCCCCACGUUUUCCCGCGACGUGCAUUCCAAUAGCCACCGGAAAGUAUUGGAGAUGCGGAAGAAGAAGGAGCAGGUGGAAGAGUCGGUGACGGCGACGGCGACGGCGACAGCACCCGAGUCGGACUUGACCCGAGUCGGGCCGGGUUUUUGAAGGGUUUUGCUGUAGAAAAAAAAAAGGUUCGGGGGUAAUACAGAUUAGGAAGGAAGUGAACCGGGGUUUGAUUCGGUUUGGUUUAGGUUUAUGGGCUGGGUUAAUUAGUCUCUGGAAUGAAUUAGAAUCAUAGAACUAGUUAGUGGCUUAGUUAUGACUUUCUGAAGUGUAACUAGGACAAAAAGUGUAGGGCUUUGGAGUUUAGUGAAACUGUUUUUGUUUCAUCGUAUUCCUAAUGUACCCUAAUGUAGGAAGGUUCCGAGGUGUUUGAUAUGAGUUAAAUCCAAACUCUAAUGUUUCCCCCCCCGGUAUCUAUUCAGCAACUCUGGAAAAGUUAGGACUAAACUGAUACGUCGAUGAUCAAUCAGCACUGUUGCAAAGUGUAGAAGACAGACUGUUAGCCGAGUGAGACUGUAGUCGAAUCAAGUUGUAGUUCGACUUUCAUGUCUCUUGAAUUUCAAGCCAAAUGGAGACCUCUAAGUGCGACUUAUAACUAUGUGCGAAUGACUUUGUAUUUUUCCAGCUUCACCAAGUAGGCUUCCAAUAAGCGAUCAUCUCCGUCGCUAAGCACCUCUCCUGCAUCGACAAUACCCUGACAGUCGCAAAUGGCUACGUGUCAAAAUUCACUGUGGUUCGCCCCCGUCAGGUCGGUUCCAUCCCACAACCCACAUUUCACGCGAUCCUGCCUACCCAGUAAUAUAUCGUGCUUCGCUGCCUUGCUCUUUCGCAUGCAUGAUGACCUUCUAGACAGUGGCGGAACCAAAAAUCCGAAUGAGGGAGCCCAAGAUUGAUUUGAACUGUGGUAAUUUCAAUAAGGGGGGCUAAGACUUUACCGACUAAUCUAUUUUCUAAAUUUGUUACGAAUUGUUGCAUGAAAUUUUACCUAUAUUUCAAAGUCCUUCGUGAAUUCAACUUAGCUCCGUCAAAAUGGUUGCGGUAUGCUUUGGAUUAACAUGAAAGACAGAUUCUGCUAAAGACGUGCGCAAACAAAGGUUGGUAGUUAUGAGAAGUCGGACUCGUUAGUUCCUUCUCGUGAUUUACGUGCACAUUGCUAACAAAAUUUUGUUGUUGUGAACGUAGAUACCAACUUUUAUUACGGCAUGAAGUUGGAGCAAAGCAAAGACUCCCUUCCGUUUUCAUUGAUCAAAACAAAACCCAUUGGCUUGUAUGUUGGCCAAGUUCUACACUGAACUCAUAACCAUACCCUAUGGUGGACCUAUACCAAACGUUUCAUGUUGGUGAGGGUCGGAUGAAUGUGGUGGUGUUUUUGUAAAUAUAAUGUCAGCGAGUCUCUUUGAGCGUCUCUUUUCGGCUUUCGUUUCAAACAAGAGGCACUGUGAGCAUGUUAUCAUAAACAGUAUAUGAGAAU